CAUCACAUAAUUAAUUGCGUACAUCCUGUGCCACAUGCAAUUGCCACAGCUUUGAAGUCCCAAUAGAUCAUUUUAUAGAGCGGUGGGUGCCGUUUUAAGAGCGGAGGUGGGGUGGGAAAAGAAGAAGACCUGGCGCCAGGGCACGGCUGAGCUGCAAGGGGCGUACAUGGCCUGGUCCAGCAUUCUUGAACUCCUGGGCUCCUUGGCUCUAUUUCAUGGGAUAUCACUUGCAACACUGAUAUUGUGGAUUUAUCACAGAUCCAGCAGAGAAGAAGAAGAAGAAGAAGAAGAAGAAGAAGAAGAAGAAGAAGAAGAAGAAGAAGAAGAAGAAGAAGAAGAAGAAGAAGAAGCAGCCAAUACCAAGGGAGCUCUUAUGAGCAUUCUUUACUUUAAUACUCACAAAACGUGUAUUGUCUCAAACAGAGAAAAACAAUUAUGCAAAUAAAUGCAGGUCAUGUUA